GGGUGGGAGGAGGUCUUUUCCCUUUCUAUCCCCGUGGUGUACAUUUCUCUCUUAUUCUCUCUCACCCACCCCUCUCUGUUUUUUAUUCCUCUGCAACUGAGAGAAAUGAUUGUAAAUGAGGUGGGCGUGUUUAUGUGUGUGUCUACAUGUAAAAUCUGCACUACCCCCUUUAGAAGGAAGACAAACGGGAAAAUCCAAGGUCAUCACAGCACGCUUCUCUCUGACGUUGCCUGUCAGCCUCCUUUUGUGUGUGUGUGUGUAUAUGACUUUGCGUGUGCGUGUCUGCACGGCAGGAAGAGUGUGUGUGUGUGUGUGUGUUUGUGUGUGUAAGUCAUCGCAUCGAGCCGGGCUCUGCACCAAUCACGGUGCGCAUUUUAGCUUCAAGCACACGUGCAAGCAUUUUUCCCAGUGUGUGUGUGUGUGUGCGCGUUUUCAGUGCCUAUUGGCACAGCAGUGUGUCUGAAGCUGCACUGAGGAAACACAAACGUCUCUAGUGAGGGAGUCUAGCGUCACGAUCGAUGUACGGGGUUUGUGGUUGUUGUGGGGCACUCAGGCCUCGGUACAAGAGACUGGUGGACAACAUCUUCCCAGAAGACCCAGAGGAUGGGCUGGUGAAAGCCAACAUGGAGAAGCUAACAUUUUAUGCCCUGUCAGCUCCGGAGAAACUCGACCGUAUCGGAGCCUACCUGUCCGAGAGAUUGUCAAGAGAUGUGGCCCGACACAGAUAUGGGUAUGUGUGCAUAGCCAUGGAAGCCCUGGACCAGCUGCUGAUGGCCUGCCACUGUCAGAGCAUCAACCUGUUUGUGGAGAGUUUCCUCAAGAUGGUGCGCAAGCUGCUUGAGUCUGACAAACCCAGCCUGCAGAUCCUAGGAACCAACUCUUUUGUGAAGUUUGCCAACAUAGAAGAGGAUACGCCAUCUUACCACCGCAGCUAUGACUUCUUUGUGUCCCGCUUCAGUGAGAUGUGCCACUCUAGCUAUGAGGACCCUGACAUCCGCACCAAGAUCCGCAUGGCAGGUAUCAAAGGCCUGCAGGGAGUGGUGAGGAAGACUGUGAAUGAUGAGCUGCAGGCCAACAUCUGGGACCCUCAGCACAUGGACAAGAUCGUCCCCUCUCUGCUUUUCAACCUACAGAGCGGAGAGCGCACAGAGAGCCGCUCCCCCUCUCCUCUGCAGGCAUCGGAGAAGGAGAAGGAAAGCCCGGUGGAGCUGACGGAGCGCUGCUUCAGGGAGCUCCUGGGACGAGCCGCCUAUGGCAACAUCAAGAACGCCGUCACACCCGUGCUGAUGCACUUAGACAACCACUCUCUAUGGGAGGGGAAGACCUUUGCAGUGCGUUGCUUCAAAAUCAUCAUGUACUCCAUCCAGUCCCAGCACUCUCACUUAGUAAUGCAGCAGCUUCUCGGUCACCUGGAUGCUAACAGCAAGAACUCAGCCACAGUGCGAGCUGGCAUAGUGGAAGUCUUGCUGGAGGCAGCCGCCAUUGCAGCCAGUGGCUCUGUAGGGCCCACAGUGUUGGAAGUGUUCAAUACCCUGCUGCGGCAGCUCCGUCUGAGUGUGGACUACGAGCUGACUGGCUCCUAUGACGGCAGCACCAACAUCGGCACCAAGAUCAUCAAAGCUCACGAGGAGAGGCAGCUUCAGGAGGCUGUCAUCAGGACCAUUGGUUCAUUUGCCAACACUCUACCACCAUACCAAAGGUCAGAGGUCAUGCUCUUCAUCAUGGGCAAGAUCCCCGUCCCUGGGGUUCACCUGGCUCUGCCCUCAGCGGGCUCUGGGCCAGAGGGUACCAGGAUGAUUCAGGUUAUGUUACUUAAGUCUUUGGUCCAGGUGACUGCCGGUUUCCAGACCACCAACAUGCUGACAGCACUACCCAGUUCUCUCCUGGAGCCACUGCUGUCCCUCUCUCUGACGGAGGAUCCAGAGGUCCGGCUGCUUGUUCUCCAAAUCCUCCUUAGUCUCAUCGACAGGCAUGACAACACGCCCAAAUUCUGCAACAUAAGCAUCAUCACAGACAUCUCUGUGCUCAAGCUGAAAGUUGACAAGUGUUCCAGGCAGGACAACUUAUUCAUGAAAAAGCACGGCCAGCAGCUGUACCGACACAUCUACUUGGGCUGUAAGGAACCGAGCAGUGGCCGGCAGCACUACGAGACCCUCUUCGCUCUGUUGGGUCUUCUGAGUGUGGAGCUGGCCAACGAAGAGGUGGUGGUGGACCUCAUUCGCCUGACGCUUGCCCUUCAGGACCUGGCUCUGUCCACCGACGAGGCACUGCCUGUCUUUAACCGCUGUGCUGUCCAUGCCCUUGCUGCAGCCUACCUUAACCUCAUCUGCCAGCUCACCACAGUCCCAGCCUUCUGCCAGCACAUACACGAGGUAAUUGAGGUGAGGCAGAAAGAAAGUCCCUACCUUCUGCCUGAGGGUGUCUUUGUUGAAAAUCCCAAGCUUCCUUCUUCCCUGGAGAAGGUAGAAGGAGAUGUUUUGUUCCUCCAGUCGAAGAUCACUGAGGUCCUUGGAGGUAGUGGUUAUAACACGGAGAGACUGGCUACACCGUAUGUCCCUCAGUAUACUGAUGAGGACCGUCUGUCCAAGAGAAAGAGUAUUGGGGAGACCAUCUCACUGCAGGUGGAGGUGGAGUCCCGAAACAGUCCGGAGAAAGAGGAGAGGACACCAGCAGAGGAGAUCACAUUUGAAACCUUGAAAAAUGCUAUCGUGGACAGCGUUGGUAUGGAGGAGCAGGAGAGGGAGCGGAGGAGACAAGUGGUGGAAAAGUUUCAGAAAGCCCCCUUUGAAGAAAUAGCUGCCCACUGUGGUGCCAGGGCCACACUACUGCAGAGCAAACUCAAUCAGAUCUUUGAGAUUACAAUCAGACCCCCUCCCAGCCCAUCUGGAACCAUUUCGUCGGGUUACGGCCAAACCCAGAGUCGAUCUGUCCCCAUCUACGAGAUGAAGUUUCCUGACCUUUAUCUCCGUGGAUGUCUGUAGAAAUUCCACUGGCUGGAUUUUCAAAUUACAAAUUGCCAAGAACUGUGAGGACAAAUUAAGAGACUGACUGAAAGUUAUUUCAUGGCUUUUGAAUGAACUGAGUCGCUGCAUGCCCUGUAACUGGACAUUUUUGAUAGCACUGCAAUUCCUUUGACCUGUUUGUCCCUUACAAGGUGCCAUACUACCCUUGAUCGCAAAAUUAGGUAGACCAAUCCUGCUAAUUUUUUGUGUUUUUGUUUUAUUGUUUGUUGAUUUUAUGGCCAGGAAGAGCAAGUGUCUGUUAGAUGCAUUUUAAUUUACGUGUUGCUGUGUACAUUUGAUUGAUAUAUGGAUAGAUAAUAUAUACAAACAUAUUCCUUCCCAGUCUGUCAUGCUAAUCCGCUCUUGAACAUCUUGCGCUCAGUGUUAACUGCUUUACCGUUUUUUUUGUUGUUUUGCCUUUUUAGUGUUAGCCAAAAGUGCUUUUUCUUUCGUGACCAGCAUUUAUUUUCUGCAUCCAGUUUUUGUGUUGUGUUUUUUUAUUCAACAAAUUUUUUUGUCAUGGUCGUCCUUUGCCACACCUUCUGGAGCGAGAACUUGAUGUGUGUGCUGUCCUCCCUAAGUGAGUGUGCCUUACAGGUGACUCAAGUCAAAACAUACACAAAAAGACACGCUGCGCCACAGUCACGUCCACACUAAACUUCUGAGAUGUUUACUGUGGUGUUUACCAGAUCAAACACUAGAGAAUAAUUAAUGAUCUUUUUAUUUUUAUCUUUAUUUUCCAAUAUAAAUGUGUAUAUACAGAGAAGUAUAUAAGUCUUUAAGCUGAUGUACAGAGUAGGGAUGUUUUUGUGUUGUAUAUAUACUGUACAUUAAUUCCGAGUUUAGACUGCCACUGCACUGAUCAGUCCGUAGAUAAGGGAGGAAGCUACUCAGUUAGUAUUUAGAUAUUUUUGUUAACAAGCAACAUGUGCAAUCAGAAAGGUGAAUUAACAAGGGUCUGAACAGUUCACGGUAGAAAUCAUCCUCUCAACGCCAGUGGAUCACACUAGUGAAGUCUGAUUGCGUCCCGCUAAAGUAUAAAAGAGUCUAUCUGGUGGAAUCUUAGAACAAAACAGGUUCAGCUUCAUUUCUAGCCACAGGUUUCAGCACCACAGUCGUGACCUGUGUCCUCAUCAUGACAUCCUCAGUCUGUCUGGAAUGAGUUUGCACUCUGCUUUUUACGCCAUACUGCUGCUGCUGCUGCUGCUGCUGCUGCUGCUGCUGCAGCCUUCGAGCGGUGCAUCCAUCUCAUUCAGCAAGAUUUAAAGAAAUCUAAAAGCCAUUCUUGUGUGUGUGUGCGCACACACACACACACACACACACACACACACACACUCACUCACUCACUCACUCACGGGUGUGAAUAUAAAGUAUAAUGGCAAUAAUUUGACUAGCUUCACUGACACGCCCCCAACCAUUAGCAGAUCCUCUUGUGUGUGUUUAAAUUGUACCUUCUGUUGUUGUUGUUGUUGAUGUUGUUGUUGUGGUGGUGCUGUGAUGGGUCAGUUUAGUGAUGCUGCAAGAGGCGCACCUCCUGCUUCCGUGCUUCUGUGGAUUAACCACAUCGGGCCUGAAAUGUGCUGCCACCAUCUUGUUUAAUGUAAACAACAUAGUCUGAUUUGUCCCUGAUUGUCACGUGUUAAAGCCCAGUUGAUUGAUUGAUUGUUUGUUUGUUUGUUUUUCCCCAGUGAGGCAUCCUCUGUGUGUAUAUUUAUACCCAGACAUGCCAGUGUAUCAGAUUGUCUACCCUUCUGUCAGUGCAGAUGUGUGUGUGUGUGUGUGUGUGUGUAUGUGUGAGUGAGUGUAUUUGUUCAUGUGUCUAUAUGAACGUCUUUAUCGUCAUGACCCAAGACCAAACUCUUGAGACACAGUUUACAGUUUUAUCCGGUGAGUCUGUCCUCCACGUUGAAGUGAAGACCAAGCUAUCUAAGAGCAACGUGCAGCUGUCUAAAUCUUUCAGUGACACCUUGUAAGAUUGUCUCUUUAAGCAUCUUGCAACUUCGCAGUGAAGACCUGUAAAUCUACCCGUCUGCUUGAUGUCAUUGCUUAGUGUAAUGUAAUAUUAACUGACUGUAAUCCAACUUUACUUUUGUCAUUACAUGUCUGGUUAAUAGAUCUGUUUACAACAUAGUGCUGUAGGUCAAAUUCUAUUCAUUCUGUGAACUUUGCACUUUAAAAACUGGAUUACCUAGUGACAAAGGCAGCUUUUACAUGGAGAAAAGGCCUUACGAGUGUCAUACCUGACUUUGCAUGCUAGUGAUGUCGCUGUUGUUGUACAUUAAAUUUGUCUGUAACCACAA